GCUAAUGAACCAAGCCCAAGCGCUGGCUUUCGCCAUCAACACGAACCAUCAUGGCGGCGUCCUAUAUCUCGUACUAAAGUCACGUUUCUUUCCUUCCCGAACAGAUUUUCAGCCUUGAAUGUGAACUGUAUACGUCCGGCAGGUUGGACUCUGUUAACAAUGCCCCGUUACGAGCUGUCUCUCGUGCUGAAGGCCAUGCAGAGGCCGGAGACCGCGGCGGUGCUGAGGCGCACGGUGGAGACCUUGAUGCAGCGCGGCGCCGUGGUCAGAAACCUGGAGAACCUCGGCGAGAGAAGGCUACCGUACAAGAUCAGCAAACACAACCAGCCGCACACACGCGGAGGAUACUUCCUCAUCGACUUUCACGCCUCUCCGUCCAUUCUGACUGCUUUACUCAAUCACCUGGAGAGAGAUGUGGACGUGGUGCGGCAGACCGUCUUAAAGAAAGACCCAGAGCCUCCUAAAGCCCCGUGCUGCGGUGUAUCACCUUCUCAGACAAACAAGACGACUUCUACGUAAACGUCUUUAUGAAAGAGGAUGCACUGCUGGUUUUUUCCUGAAUUUCAACCGUGUUCAUGUGAGAGUUUAUUAUGAAAAAAAUGAAUAAAUGAAUCUUUGUUAAUCUGUCAACACUUUUUUUUUUUUUUUUUUUUAACCCCUGACACAGGAUUCGACAAUUCUACAAAAUAAAACCUUGAAUAUUGAAGAAAUAAAACAAAAGCCGUUAAGCCCAAGUAUAGUUGAACUGUAAUAAAGAAUUGAGAGUUUGAGUUGAGAUUAGGGUUGAAUGUUUACUUACUCAGUAAUGCCAUCAACUCUAAUCAUAGAUCUGAUUAAAUCACGUGUGUGAUGGAAAAGAUAACUCUUUAAUGUGUUAAAAUGCAAGUUAAAUGUUUAGAUUCUUAUAAACUCUGAAAAUAAAUCUUUUCAAGGGAA